ACUCUGAGAUAUUCUCUUGUGUUAUUAACCCCGUGUCCGUUUUACUUCCAGGAUUGAACACCACAAGCCGAUGCUGUGAGGCUGCAAAAGCAAAAUGUCCCUUGGAAAUGUUGCUAUCAAUGCCGACUAUUCGUGGGAUGCAGGAGAGAGGGCUAGACUCUUGCAGAGCCCUAGCGUUGGGACAAGCCCAGAGUCGCGGAGGCUGGCUGGGGGAACAUCGCCUGCUGGGGCUAUCUUCAUUGUCGUUAAUGCAGCACUGGGUGCCGGGCUAUUAAACUUUCCUGCUGCGUUCAGUGCUGCCGGAGGCAUAACUGCUGGAAUAUCUCUACAGCUGGUCCUCCUGCUCUUCGUUAUCAGUGGUCUGGUGAUCCUGGCAUACUGUGCAGAUGCUUGCAGUGAGCGGACGUACCAGGAAGUGGUGCGCGGUGUCUGUGGACGCACCGCCGGCAUGCUCUGUGAGGUUCUCAUAGCCGUGUACACGUUCGGCACCUGCAUCGCUUUCUUCAUCAUUAUCGGGGACCAGCUGGACAAGCUUCUUGGCGCCAUGAUGCACAGUGAGGCGGGUAGCAGUGUGCCGUGGUUCGCAGACAGAAAAUUCACCAUCACUGUUACCGGUCUUCUCUUCAUCCUGCCGCUUUCCCUUCCCCGAGAGAUCAGUGUCCAGAAGUACGCCAGUUUUCUCAGUGUUCUUGGCACAUGUUACGUGACCGUUAUAGUCAUUGUCCGCUGUAUCUGGCCAAAUAGUGAGAGUCCAUCGAAUGAUGCCCCAACCAGCCCAUCCUCCUGGCUUGCUGUGUUCAAUGCAGUGCCCACAAUCUGCUUUGGAUUUCAGUGCCAUGUGAGUAGUGUGCCCGUGUAUGGCAGCUUGCAGCAGCAGGACAUCAGACGCUGGGGUUAUAUAGUGACGGUGGCCAUGUUGAUCGCUUUGUGUGUUUACACUGGUACAGGAGUUUGUGGCUUCCUGCUCUUUGGCUCUGAUGUGAACCAGGAUGUUCUGCUCUCAUUUCCAUCAAAUGAUGUUGCGGUUGCUGUAGCGCGAGCCUUCAUUAUUCUGUGUGUGCUUACCUCAUAUCCUAUCCUGCACUUCUGUGGCCGGGCAGUGAUGGAGGGUCUCUGGCUUCGUAUGACUGCACAAGAGCCCGGGGAAGACAGUGGCAGAGAACAGCGCAGGCGGAUCUUUCAGACUGUGAUUUGGUUUUUACUCACAUUGCUCCUCGCGCUCUUCAUUCCAGACAUUGGCAAAGUUAUAUCACUGAUCGGAGGGCUUGCCGCAUGCUUCAUAUUCAUAUUUCCAGGUCUUUGUCUCAUACAUUUGAAGCUGUCUGAAAUACAGGAACAAAAGAGCAGGAGCUGGUGGGCAAUGGUCAGUUAUGGAGUUGCCAUGAUCACCCUUGGAGCUUUCAUCUUUGGACAAACAACUACCAAGGCCAUCUUCGUGGACCUAAUGGGAUGACGUUGAAACCUGCAGCUGGACUGCAAGAAAACGAUUGAAUAUUGCAAACUUAUCUAAUAUACUCCUUCCUCAUCAGUAAUAAGCGGAAAUCCCACAGUCCACCACUUCUUCAGAGGCCUCCUGGGUAAAGGCACAUUCCCAACAACUGGGAGUAAAUAAAAGGGAUCCAAGCAUCGUGCAAGCGAUUUGAUUGUAUGCAUAUUUUAUUGGCAAAUAUCCGGCAAGGUAACAUACAUACAGUUUUUGCUGCUGAACUGGAACUUAUACCUCCAUCAAGCAUGUGGCUGUCAUCUGCCAUAGUGCAGUAAAGGUGUAUUUUUUUGGUUUUUAUUAGGCUGCUCAGCUUUACAUGAUUGGAAUUUGGGUUCUCUGACAAGUCUUUCUUCUAAGCAUUCUUACUAAUCAAGUGGACUUGGCCAAAAACAGUAAGGAUGUUUGGUGCUGCUGUUGUAAAGACAAAUCUAAAUACGCUGGGCACAGAUAGUUUGCCAGGUGAAACAAAGACUGCAUUCCGUUUUCCAGGGCUUAAUGAACUCCUAACACGUGCAAAAAUGCAUUCGUCUUGUAACUGGCUACAGCCACGCAAUGUGACCUUUAUGUAUAUUGCUAGGAAUAGGCUACUAAAUAACACCGGCACCAACCCACCCGCCCGAUUAUAACCAAAUAUAGACAUGUUUACUAUAAUGAACAGAUUGUUGGUGAAACUUGCAUUUUUUUCAUUUAUAAAGGGACUCUUGCAAUAUUGCACAUUUUAUUAAUAGUUAAUUACAUAUGGUGAUGGUUUUAUUUAUUUUUUUAGAAAUGGAGCCAGUGUGCUUCUGGAUGUAUAGGUGUAGUGUGAGCAGCUCAGAGAGGCAUAGAUAAUAAACAUUACAUUGAUUUUCA